CGCUGCGUCCGGUUAUUCUCUAAGACUGAGUUGAGAAAUGCAAAAUGUGUUCCUACAGCCAGAAUUUACUUCUGUUCGCUGCUUUGAUAAUCCGUGGCUCACCAAUUUUUGGAACAAUUAUUGAAUUACCGGACGACUACGAUCGUACGUCACCAUGGAGUGAACUGACUGAGCUCGGUGUUGGAAAUCUCACGGAAACAGAUUGUCUUCGCACAUGCACUGUCGGGCAAUUGCCACGAGUCUGUCUAUACACUUUUGUUCUAGAGUUCUAUGCGGCGAUGGGAACCGCCUGCAGAAAUUGUAGCGACGGUGUCUUGGAGGACUGUUAUCUGCCGCAGUGCAUCCCAGCCGAUGGAGUUCAGCGAGGAAUGAUGUCCGUCAACCGGCAGCUUCCCGGACCCCCGAUUAACGUCUGCAAAAAUGACCUAAUCGUAGUCAAUGUAAAAAACCAAAUGGCGGGUACGGGAGCUUCAAUCCACUGGCAUGGACUUCCGAUGACGAGGAAUCCGUGGAUGGACGGAGUUCCUUACGUAACCCAGUGUCCGAUCGGAGAAUCGACUUUUAGCUACGUAUUUCCAGCUGAAGUAGCUGGCACGUAUUUCUGGCACUCUCAUUCUGGACUGCACAGAACUCACGGGCAUUACGGCGCGUUAGUUAUUCGCGAACCGCGUGUUGACGAACCCUGGUCCAAUGAUAUCUACGACUUUGACCUGCCCGAGCAUACGAUUGUACUUUCCGAUUGGAUGCACGAAACCGCAGAAAUGUUUUACCCCGGUCUACCCAGCAGAGAACCAGGAAUUGAACCAACUACUGUGUUGGUUAACGGUUUUGGAUGGUACCUCAAUGCAACUACGAACGCAGAUUCUGUCAACUCGUCAUUUCCUCUGGCAACUUUUCACGUAUCAAGGAAUUCGAGCUACAGAUUCCGGAUUAUUAACUCAGUCAGCCAUGUGUGUGGGUACCAAAUUCAAAUUCAGAAUCAUAAUUUGACUCUGAUCGCCACUGACGGGACGCCUAUCGUGCUGAUCACUGUUGAUACCAUCGUCUGUUACCCUGGUGAAAGAUACGAUUUCGUGAUCAACACGAGUAACACUUCGCUUGAUGAGGAUGGAUUCUGGAUAUACAUUACUGGCUUGGGAAGAUGCAAGGAUUUUGGCAUCAUUCAGUACGCCAUUCUAUCCUAUGGCACAAAUAACACAGAAUUAGGGAUUAUUCCAAACAUAACUCGACCAACACCAGACGACCCUCUGAACAUCACGACGGUCUUGAAUUAUCCGAAUACGACGUGUGGUGAGAGCUCGGACUAUCUCUGCAUCACCGAUCUGAGAUCAAUUGGGAACGAUACAGAGGCAGGGAACUCAAGUAUUUGGACGGCAGAACCAGAUGUCCGACUCGUUGUUCCAGUUGGUUUUCACUAUUUUGACAUUGACGAUUUUCACCGAAAGGGAAGUUACGAAAAAUAUGAAAACCUAUACGACAGCCGUAUUCGAGCGAGCAUAAUGAGCAAUUUAACUUUCACGUUUCCUUCGAGUCCAAUCACAUUCAAGGAUAAACCCGAUGACGCAUUCUGCAACACUACCGAUUUACCAGCCACGUGCCAAAAUGUUAGUAGCAGUACGGCCGCUUCUUACUGCCAGUGUCCCAACGUCGUCAUUUUGCAAGAAAACGACAUCGUGGAGCUGACUUUGAUCGACCAAUCCGGCGAGCCGAAAGUUAGCCAUCCGUUCCAUUUGCACGGCUACUCCUUCUACGUGAUGCGCAUGGGUCGGAACUACGUAGACGACGGCGAGAAUUCGUGGAACCAGACAUCCUCUGUUCCACCAUUCAAGGACACCGUCAAUAUACCCAGCGAAGGAUUCGUGACUAUCCGUUUUCGAGCUGAUAAUCCGGGGCGGUGGCUGUUCCAUUGUCACUUCGAAUGGCACCUCUCUACUGGUAUGGCAAUGGUAUUCUGGGUUGAGGGCGAUAUGUUGCCUCCACCUCCAGGAUUCCCGAGAUGUGGCGAUUUUAUCUUGUUCAACUAGUCUGAUCAAGGUGUGGAUGUCGAUUGAACAGAACUGUCAAAUUCAGAAUAUGAAUAAUUAUCUAAUAUAUCUAAAUAAAUGCAUCAAAAUCAUGUUUAUUGUGAGGUUUGUACUUGGACGCAUCCGGUUCACAAAUCUUUUUUCCGUUUAUAUGAGCGUCAAUCACAGUUGAUCUAGCUAAGGCUUACGUUUUAAUGUUUCAGGUGCCUAUGACUAGAUGUUUUAGUCAAUAAAAACAUAUUAGUUUAUUACAUAGAAAUGUCGUAUUACGUGUGUAAUUGAUUAUAAUGAAUAAGUAUUCAAUAAAUUACAUUUUCUUCUGGUA